AUUAAUAUUUAUUAUGCUUUAUGCUCUCUCAUAUCAUAUUACAUACAUAGCAUUACAUAACACACUUUCUUUGGGGGUAACGUUCUUUGUUAACCUCGCUCUCUCUCACUCCCUACUCCGUCAACUCUAGAGAGAGACACUCAUAUAUAUAUAUAUUAUAUAUUAUAUAUUAUAUUUAUAUAUGUGUAUAUAGAUAUAGAGACUAAGGAGGAGAAGAGGAAGCCAUAGCCAUUGUUUCAGAGGCCAGUUAGAAUCCCAUUUGAGAUAAAAUUUGAAUAAUAACAAUAAUAAAAAGAGUAAAAAUGGUGGCGGUGACCCAGAACGCCACGUGUACCUGAGGCAAAGGUCUUAGUUUGUUGGGGGAGAGAGGGAGAGGGCGUUCGAAGAUUAUUUGUAACGGGUCUUUCUUGAUUGGUUUGAUUCGAUUUGAUUAGAUUGAUUGGUGAGAUGGGCUCGAGCCCAAUUGUGGGUGGGCCGGGUGGUUCGGGCGGUUGCGGCGGCUGCGCUGGUAACGGUGUGGGUGGGGGUGGGGGCGGCGGCGGCGGCGGCGGCGGGGGUGGUAGCAAUGGUUCGAGCGGUGGGAGUUGCUGCCAUAUGAGCCUUAAGUGCUGGUGUAGGUGGAGAUGGGAACAGCAGCAGAGGUGGUGGCUCUUCUCAUCAUCGGGAUUCGUUUUCUUCCUCGGUUGCCUCGUCUUGUUCGGAUCGUUUGCUACGCUCUACGCCCGGUUCGCUUUCACGCCGGGAUUCCGUACCGGCAUGGCAACCGCCUCGCUCGGGUGUCAGGAGGACAAUGAGGGUUCAUGGUCCGUUGGUGUCUUCUACGGGGACUCACCCUUCUCCCUCAAGCCAAUCGAGGCUAUGAAUGUAGGGAACGAUGAAAGUGCCGCUUGGCCGGUUGCCAACCCUGUCGUGACGUGUGGUUCGGUUUCUGAUGCUGGUUUUCCUAGUAAUUUCGUUGCUGAUCCUUUUCUUUAUGUUCAGGAUGAUACUUUAUACAUGUUUUUUGAAACCAAGAAUUCAAUAACCAUGCAAGGGGACAUCGGUGUUGCAAAAAGCACUGACAAGGGAGCAACAUGGCAGCAAUUAGGUAUAGCUUUGGACGAAGAAUGGCAUCUUUCAUAUCCCUAUGUCUUUGAAGAACUUGGCGAGAUUUAUAUGAUGCCCGAGAGCAGUGAGAAAGGAGAACUUCGUCUGUAUCGUGCACUCAAAUUUCCUAUGCAAUGGAAACUUGAAAAAGUCAUUUUGAAGAAACCUUUUGUUGAUUCAUUUAUCAUCAAGCAUAAUGAAAUGUAUUGGCUCUUUGGUUCUGAUCACAGUGGUUUUGGAACCACAAAGAAUGGACAGUUAGAAAUUUGGUAUAGCAGCUCAGUUCUUGGUCCUUGGAAACAACACAGGAAAAAUCCUAUAUACAACACUGACGCAAGCUUUGGGGCUCGUAAUGGAGGGAGGCCGUUUUUAUAUGAUGGACAACUUUAUCGUGUUGGUCAAGACUGUGGUGAAACAUAUGGAAGACGAGUUCGGGUCUUUAGGGUGGAUGUUCUUACGAAAGAUGAUUAUAAAGAAGUGGAAGUUCCUUUAGGGCUUACUGAGUCAAGCAAGGGUCGGAAUGCUUGGAAUGGUGCUCGAUACCAUCAGCUUGAUGUUCAAAAGCUAAGUAAUGGAAAAUGGAUUGCAGUAAUGGAUGGAGAUCGGGUGCCUUCUGGGGAUGCAGUUCGCCGGUUUUUUGUCGGUUGGAAUUCAGUUGCAAUUUCUCUCCUGCUCAUUGCACUGUUGGGUUUGUUGACUGGAGCUGUGAAAUGUAUCAUUCCCCUAAACUGGUGUACUCACAAUUCAGGAAAGAGAAGUGAUGCAUUAUUGUCAUGGGAAAGGUCUUAUUUGUUUUCUUCCAAAGUGAGACGAUUUUGCAGCCGCUUGAACAGAGCAGCUUCAUACCUGAGAAAUAGGAUUAGACCUAAUACAUGUACUGGAAGACUAGUUCUUGCAUUAAUUUUUGUAGUUGGAGCUGUACUGAUGUGCACAGGGGUUAAAUAUAUAUAUGGGGGGAGUGGUGCAGAAGAAGCUUACCCAUGGAAAGGUCAGUACUCACAGUUCACUAUGUUAACAAUGACCUACGAAGCUCGGCUUUGGAAUUUAAAAUUGUAUGUGAAACACUAUUCCAGAUGCUCUUCAGUCAAAGAGAUUGUUGUUGUGUGGAACAAGGGAGUGCCUCCUAAAGUCAGUGAUUUUGACUCAACAGUACCAGUAAGGAUCAGAGUUGAGAAAGAGAACUCGCUGAAUAAUCGAUUCAAGCUGGAUCCACUGAUAAACACCCGAGCUGUUCUUGAGCUCGAUGAUGACAUUAUGAUGAGCUGUGAUGAUAUUGAACGGGGAUUCAAAGUAUGGCGUCAACACCCGGAUCGCAUUGUGGGGUUCUAUCCUCGACUUAUUAAUGGAAGCCCAUUGAAAUAUAGAGGUGAAAGUUAUGCCAGAACUCAUAAAGGGUACAACAUGAUCCUUACAGGGGCAGCUUUUAUUGAUAGUAAAAUAGCUUUUAGGAGAUACUGGGGUGAAGAAGCUAGGCAAGGUAGAGAAUUGGUAGACAGAUACUUCAACUGUGAGGAUGUGCUAUUGAAUUUCUUGUAUGUAAAUGCAAGUUCAAGUAGGACAGUAGAUUAUGUGAGACCAACUUGGGCUAUAGAUACGUCCAAGUUGUCUGGUGCUGCAAUUAGCCGAAACACGAAGGUUCACUAUCAGAUAAGAAGCGACUGCCUGCUCAAAUUUUCAGAGAUGUACGGUAAUUUGGCUGCAAAUAAGUGGGAAUUUGAUGGCAGGAAGGAUGGUUGGGAUGUAUAGUGAUAACAGCAGUACUACUUCACUCACAAUCUUCUUGUUUAUCCAUCUAUACUUUUGGUAAAGCUCUAGUUUUUCUCUUUCUCUUUUUCUUUUUUUCUUUUGUCUAUACACUUAUUUUUUCUUUCCUUCCCUCACUUGUGAAUUUGAGUUGGGGAUUUUGGCUUUUAAUAGUUUUUGGUCGUUGAGAUGUACAUUGGUGGUGUUCAACUUCAAGGUUUCCUCUUUUUACUUUUUUAAUGGAAAUUAAUUCUAGCGUGGCUUUCAAAA